AGGUGAGGCGCUAGAGAGGAGGAGAGGCAGGAGAGGAGGUGGUGCAGUCGAGCACACAGAGUCAGGAGAGCUCGGAGGCGGCAGAGAGGAGGUGACAGUGGAGAAUGGAGAGGAGCACGUCCGCGCGGCGAGCUUUGACCGAAGAGAAGCCCUUCCCUUCUGGAGCGCGCGCGCCGAGAGACACCGGGAGGAAUUAGCCGAGAGGGGAAGGAAUGGCCGAUCCUCUGCGGAGGACUUUAUUAGCCAAACUCCGGGGGAAGAAGUCCAAGAAAGGAGCGACGCUCGGCGGUGGAUUCGGCUCCGCCGCUGCGGCGAAUGGGGGCCACGAAGGUAAAGCAAAAGUUUCGCGAGACUCCGACGAGGCUAGCGGGGUAGUUUCGCUCGCAGGGCUGGAUCUCUCCGCCGAGAGAAUGAGCACCUACGAGAACUGCGCUGAAGGAGCGACGCAGCCGAGCGGGGGGGUCGUGGUAGUCCCGCACAGUUGCGCAGCUGAGUUGGCCGCCUCACCGCCGAGCACCGGGGGCAGGGUUAACAAGGAGCUCCCGGGGGUCCCACUUCAAAGAGACGCAGUGUUAGGGGGGGAGGAGGUCGGGAGCCAGCCGGGGUUCCCGCACGUCCCGCGGAAACACUCGGUGUCGUUCCCGCGGCAGUGCAGGGUCGGGGACUCGAUCGGCUUUGGGGACAACUCCAACCCUGUUUCAUCGAGAGCGCAGGUACAGGCGGGGGCCCUUCAACCCACAGAGGGGAAGGGGGGGCAGCCCCCAGUGCAGGUGUUAGCAUUACAGGAACCCAGCAACCAGAUUCUGGAAAAAGACGACCCCAACUCCAGAAAUAUGGAAGUUUUACCCCCAGAUUUGGAAAACUGGGGGCCCACACAAACUUUCUUCCCAACGCAGUUACAUAUAUGUGUGUCUCAGGAGGAGCCCCUCCAGUGCCCUUUAGACAGUGAAGAUGAGGAUUACUAUGACAAUGAAAAUCUUCCCUUUUAUGAAACCCCCAGACCAAAAUUGGACGGUGACAGAGUUGAGGGUUCAGAGCCCAGGCAGGGCAGAGGACAGGCUGAAAGCGCUCAGGAAACUGACAGGCUCAGAAACCGGCUGCAGGAGGCCUAUUACCUCCUCAUCAACGCCAUGAACGAUAUCAACCUGGAUGUCCAGCAGACUAACAGCGGCGUAGCUGAGCGGCAAGCCGCCUCCUCCUGCAGCAGCCGCUCCAGAGACAGCCUGUGCUCCAGGUUGUCUGUCAAAAUCAUCGACAGCGACUCCUGGUCAUCAGGAGGCGACCACAGUCCUCAGCAGGUGUCUGACACUGACUCACUCCUUCUCUGCCUUGCCGGAGCUCUGGAGUCAAAGGGGAGGCUUAUCAGUAAGAGUGUGACCAACCUAUCGUUGACCAAAAGGCCCACGUUGUUGCGGUGUGCAAGUGAUGGAGCCAUCAGGUAUCAAAGCGGGCCCUCUGCUUGUGCUCAGACUUCUGGAGUCCAACAUGCACACGAUGACCAAGAGGAAGCAGAGACUAAAAAGGAUGAUGGUGUCACGCAAGCAGGUGAGCUGUCUGAACCUCAAAUGCUUUGCAGAGACGACAGCAGCGAGGAGUUGCUGCAAGGCUGUGGUGAGCAACUCAAUGAGAGCAGCAGCUCGGUUAACAGCCUGACAGGGUCUUCCGACAGCAACUCUGAGGCUGCGCCACAUCCUGGUCAGGACGGCAAGCAGGACUCAGUCCAAGUCCGAGCGCGGGUGUGUGGGUCAGCCAGCAAAGCCCACGGUGUUACGGUCAACAAGAUGCAGGAGUGGAUGCACAAGGGGCGCCUGCUGUCGUCCGAGAUGAAGCAGCGGAUUGAGGGCUCCUCUCUGCCCCACCAGGACCGUCUCCGUCCUCAGGCUCCCCCCGUCUGCUGCAAACCGGCGCUCCAAGGCGGAAAGUCCGCCAAGGCCAAAUCGCCUCAACACCAGCCAGCUUUCAUUGAGAAUGCCCAAAUGGCGCACGCCAACGGUCGAUCCACCAGCGAGCUCUCGCCAUGGAAGCCACAGCAAAUCAGCAUCACUGUCUCCAAGAAACGCAACUGGCUGCAGCAGAGCUACCAGGCGAAGAACUUCUGCACCAGAGAGGAUCUGCAUGGGAUGCUGGGAGUUGAAGAGGAGGACAGCCAGGGCUCUCAUCAGCCACCGCCUCCCCCCAGUCUCUCCCCGGAUGGUCUGAGAUUCUCGGCAAUAGUGCCGCCACGGCCAGUACGCCUGCAGCUACCUCAGAUGGGCGUCAGUCAGAAAAAGGUGUCACCUCAGUGUCGGAGCGUAGAUCCAACAGAGGAAAACGAUGCAGACGAUGAGGGGGAGAUCUGGUACAACCCCAUACCAGAAGACGACGUACCUGACAUCUCCCACCGACCCUCGGUGCGGGUGCUGCUCCCACAGGACCCCCACAGGAAACUGAGCAGAGGGAGGGAUGCUGUUCAGGUUGGGAGGACCCUGGAGGGACCCAGUGGAAGUGGGCAGGAGGUCCGCGUGGAAGGCCUCGGCAGCAGUUCAGGAGAUGUGAGCCAGGGGAAUGCUGCACAUUCCACACAGGCUCCACAUCCCCACAGACAGAUGCCUGUGUGCAAACCUCAGGAGGAGGGCGGGGCUUCUGCAAGUAGACUAACAGAAUGUCUUGACCUGCCCAAUGUUGUUGGCUUCUCACCUCCUUCAAGCCCUAACCCGACCAAAAAGAGCAGCUCCAUCAACUGGUCCUUCCCCGACAAGAUCAAGUCUCCCCGUACAGUCCGGAAGAUCUCCAUGAAAAUGAAGAAGCUCCCCGAGCUAAGUCGCAAACUCAGCGUUAAGGGGACCCAAAGCAGCAACAACAGUAGUAAUGGAAGCAGUCAGCUGGAGCCCAGAGCCCAAUCCCCGCGGGCCAACAGCAAAGGGUCCGAGGCUUUUGCACAGACUUCUGGACCUUUGCGGUUAGCGUCAUCUGGAGUGGGCCAGGCCAGCUGUAAUGUGAUCUCGCGCUACCACCUUGAUAGCAGCGUUUCCACACAGAAUAGCUACAGCAAAAAGAAAAAUAACGGCAGCUCAAAGUCUGCCAGUAAAGGAGGAUACCUGAGUGACGGGGACUCACCUGAGCUGGUGGCCAAAUCUGGAAAGCAUGGUACUGCUGAGGGUAAGGGAGGGAGAACCAAAGAGACAGAAGGAGGUCUUGGGAGCUCGAGACUGAACGGCACAGAGCUGGACAUUGAUGCUUUCCGUCAUUACAGCUUCACAGAGCAGCCCAAGUGCACUCAGUACAUUUCUGGACUGAUGAGUCUUCAUUUUUAUGGAGCAGAGGACCUCAAGCCCCCACGCAUCGAUUCUCGAGAUGUGUACUGCGCCAUCCAGGUGGACUCGGUUAAUAAAGCCCGGACUGCACUCCUCACAUGUCGAACAACUUUCCUGGACAUGGACCACACCUUCAACAUUGAGCUAGAGAACGCCCAGCACUUGAAACUGGUGGUGUUCAGUUGGGAGCCCACGCCCAAACGCAACCGGGUGUGCUGCCACGGCACUGUGGUGCUGCCGAGCAUCUUCAGGGUGACACGGUUUCACCAGCUAGCGGUGAAGCUGGAGCCCCGGGGGCUGAUUUAUGUCAAGCUGAGCCUGAUAGAGCACUGGCAGAACUCGCUGGACAGGGGGCCUGAUGCAGACCGGGAACCACAGGUGUUUGGUGUGGAGGCGUGGCGGGUGGUGGAGAGGGAGAACACGGGACUGAUGGUGCCACUGAUCAUCAGCAAAUGCAUUAACGAGAUCGAGAAGAGAGGCUGCCAGGUGGUGGGUCUCUACCGCCUGUGCGGUUCUGCUGCUGUCAAGAAGGAGCUGCGUGAGGCGUUUGAACGAGACAGCCACGCUGUGGAGCUGAAUGAGAGCGUGUACCCGGAUAUUAAUGUCAUCACAGGAGUACUGAAGGACUACCUGCGUGAGCUGCCCUUCCCCCUGAUAAACAAGCCUCUGUACGAAGCCGUGCUGGAGUCCAUGGCCACCAAGCCGCUGAAGAUGGGAGCAGCGGGCUGCGAGAUCGAGCAGGCCGACUCAGAGCACACCGUCAGCCUACUGGAGCACCUGCCGGAGGUGGAGAGGAUGACUCUGCGGACGCUUCUCAACCACUUGAAGCGUGUGGCGUCCCACCAAGACGUGAACAAGAUGACGUGCCAGAACCUGGCCGUGUGUUUCGGCCCAGUUCUGCUCAGCCAACGUCAGGAGGCGUCCUGCCACACCAACCGCGUUUUCAUCGACUCGGAGGAGCUGGCGAGCGCUUUGCACUUCAAAAAACACAUCGAAGUAUUGCACUACCUGCUGCAGCUCUGGCCAGUCGUGGAUGCUCUUGACCCUGCAGUCUCCGCCGCUCCUGCGGUUUCUGACCUGCUGUCAGCUCCUCCUUUGCGGCGGAGAAAAGAGCGCCCCCAGGUUCUAAAUCUCACCGAAGCGGAGAUGGCGGGCGUUCUACGGCCCAAACCGGGACGACUCGACAGCCCGAGCAACCGCUACGCCGGUGACUGGAGCGGCUGUGGGGAGAGCUACUUCCCCUCGGAAAUGCAGUUGCCUCCUAAUAAAGAGGAGGCGGACUACGAUGACGUACCCUCUGAGGACGUGGAGGAGGCGGAGGAGGUCCAAGAAAAACAGGAGGAAGCAGUAGAGGAAGACCAAGAGGAGAACAUCUCGAAGGAGCCACUUCAGAGAGAAGAAGAGGUCACAAAGGAGGAGGAAACAGUGAGAGGAGAGGAGAAUGAGGAGAAGGAGGGAGAGGAUGAAGGCUCAAACAAGAGGCAGCCAUUAAAGGAGGAGGAGCAGAGGCUAGAGGAGAGGUUGUACAGCCACAUCCUGCCACCCCGGCUGCCUAAGGAGCACGCCUACCAGGCGUACAUGAAAAUCCAGGACAUCAGUCCUGUGCUGAACAACAGGGUGAACCUGAGAGACCUGCAGGAGAGCAUCGACACCCUGAUAGGAAACCUGGAGCGAGAGCUCAACAAGAACAAACUCAAUUUUGGAUACUGACUCCCACACCGUCACGCACACAGCAUAUCCACUCCUGAAGCCUGAUGAGGUCUGGGCAGAUCUUCACCCAAUCUAGGUGCUUCUGAACAGAGCCACACUGUUUCCAUGGUAAUCCGUGGCAGUGCGACAUGCGUUGCUGCUGUGAAAACCUACAAGAUGAGAUGACAAGAAUGAAAAAUGGGGUUUUUGUUCCUAAACCACAGACAUUCCGUUAUUUUUAUCCUUGGCUGUCUUCACGUUGUUGUUGAUUUGCGUCAGUGCAGCUUUGUGCUCCUUCUUGUUAUUGUUGCUUCUCUUCUUAUUAGAAGAACCCAUUGACCCUCUGGGGGUUUAAAAGGUGCCUUAAUUUUGUGAAGGUGGUACGUUCAAAGGAAAAUCCACUCUGAAACUAAAUGUGUCACCCUCCUGUGAGUAAUAGAAAACCAAAGGGCUUCCGAAGAGCUCCGCUUAUUGAUCUUUUUCCAAGUAGGAAUUCAAAGUCAGUGCCGUUUUCUUCUAUUAAACUGAGCGUUGCGUUGUUUUGUAAUAUUCAACAUUUAUUGUCACACGUUUGUGCUUUCGCCUGUUACAAAAGGAGGAAACCUAACAUUCAGGACAUUUUAACUCUGCAAAAACAAUAAGCAGAGAAAUCUCCAGACAUUCUUGUCAGCUUGUUCUGGUUAUGACGCCAAACGUUCCGAUAGUGAAUGAACCAAUGCUUUGUUUUUGUUGGGUUUCAUUUAAUCCAUUUUUUGAGCAAUUUGAUCUUUUUAUUUAAAAGAAUAAUGAGAAAUGCCAACACUAAAUAAAAAAACAAAGGAUUUUUGUUGUAAUUUAAGACGACACCAAAGUAAAAUGGAGCCAACUUGCUUGUUUAAUGAGCAGUACAGUCAGUACUUGGUAAUCCAGCCUGGUACUUCUGUCUUCUAACACGUGUAAAGUGUUCCGUUUAGCUCAGUGCUCCCUUGUUUUUGCAGGAGUUGUGUUUUAAAAAAUAACCUACGCCAGGCGAAAACCAAGAAGUACGAUUCUAGAUGUUUUAAUGCUAUAAAACUCCUUACCACACAUAUCAGACAUUUUUCUCAGACAGACUUCAGAAUGUUAUCUUUUCUCCAUCUAGUUGAAACCCUCAAAGUUCAAACUUUUGAAUAAAAUUAAGUAAAAAGCAUCUGCUUGCUAUCAAAGAUUUAUGUCAAUUUGACAAACUGAAGGCAUUCUGUUUGGGAGACACAGCAUAGAGGCGAUUGAUUGACAGUGGUCUACAGCCAAUUAGGAUGCAGAACACAAUGCACUAAAUAGAUAAAAAAAAAAAAACAAAUUGCACAAAUAAACCUGCGAAAGGUGAACUGCGACAUAGCGAGGGACUACUUUACACAUUUCAAGUGGUUUGCUUUCUGAUUCCUCAUCCUCUAUUCAAUUUUCCUUUGUUUUUCUUUACAUAUUAACAUAAUUCUGGAUUCUUGUGGAAAUAUAAUAAACUAGCUGUCCUUCCUGUUUUCCACAGUCCACCACCUGAUUAACAAACAGAAUAGAGGAACUAAAGUAAAGGUUGUAGAGGUCAGGUACCCAUGCUGCUAUUCCUCUACUGUUUCCUCACACAUCAUUCAACCAGGUGUUGACUGUGACCUGCCAAGACUUUGGGCGGAUUUUUCUUUCAGGGUGGAUUUCCUUUUUGAGGCAGUGGAGAGCUUUUCUAUUAAGUUUAAAAAUGAAAUAUUGUACAACAAAAAUGCACUUAUUUGGCAGAUAAUUCUUUUAGAGAGUUACUUUAGUGGAAGCGAUAAACUGAAGUUUUGCUCUGAUGUCCACAUUCAAAUAGAAACAAUUGAAACCUCCUAUAAAGCAUGAGAUUUUUGCUUUGUCCAUUGUUUUUUUACAGUGAUGUGACGACGAGCCGCGGCAUUAGCACCUGUGAAAAAGUUGAUGUAAACUGAAAAGCUUAAGUUGCAUUGAGUAUUUUCUUUUGGAUAAAUUCACUCCUUCAGUUUCCUCUUCAAAGGCAAUGAGAAUACUAAAAAAUUGGAAUUUAUGUUCGUCAAGGAGUUAAGCUGAGCUAAUUGAGAUAAAGGAUCGAUUAACUGAGCAUAGCUUGGUAAGGAACAAAGAGAAGAAAUCUAAACAAAACAACAAAAAAUAAUUUGCACAAACAAUCGGUAUAUAGAUUUAAAAAAAAACACGAGUAUAAUCAUCAGUUCUUGUUUAAAAACAUUGAAGCACACCCUUUACCCUGUGCUACAAUAAGUUAGCUCAAAUGUGGGAUUACUCUUCUCAUGUACAGUAAGAAAAAAUAAGCUAGAGGUUCCAACAUUUCACCAACAUUCAAAACAGUGAAACACAAAAUGUGAAGCGCAUUUGAUUUGUAUCUAAGCGAGCGCCUCACUGAGGUACUUUCACUUAGCUAGCUGCCUAAAUCGACAAAGGAUGUUUUCAGGCGUUCCAGGGAUUCAGAUUGAUCAGUAUUUAACCCUAUAUGUAUAUGGAUGUAACUAUAUAUAUAUUUAUAUAUAUAUAUAUAUAUAUAUAUAAAUGUAUUCGGAGUAUAUUACUUUUACCGCUACAAUUUCAGUCGGUGUUUUUUAAUUUGUAAAGACUAAAGUGUUGACUUGUAGCAUUAGUGGCUUGUCUGAACACAUGUUGUUGUGCUGAACUAAACGUACACCUUUAGUUGUAAAAAAAAAAAUACGAUAACCGUGCUGUUUCAGAAAAAAAAGUGAUAUUUUUGUUAUACUGUGUACAUAUUGGACAUGGUUUUGUGUCUCUGGUGGACUCAGCCAUGUUUCUGACUUUUGGUGUGUGCGUGUGUGUGUUUUUUUAAGGUACUGAACGUUGCAUGGUCAAAAGCUUUAUGGACCUAAGCAAGGCUCUACUCAUCUGCCUUUGUGUUUCAUAUUUAUGUGUAAAAUAAGACUAUUUUGUAAUGUAUGCUCCUUUGUUCAACCCCUCGUUCCUUCAAUAAAGAGAUGAAUGCA